CAUGUCUCCAUAGUUUCAGCCACCAUUUUGUUUGUGGUGUGUUUGAGUUUGUGUGUCUGAGACGGAAUAACACACACACCAGCGGGUUUAUUUUAAACACAGGUCGCCAGAAAUGGACGGCAUCGGAGAUGUCGCAGUUGGCGUAAAGAGAGGAUCAGAUGAGCUGCUGUCCGGCAGCAUGUAUUACAGCCCCAGUUCUGGGCUGAGCAGUGUAAGUGAUGGAACAUCUAACGGCAGCAACAGCAAAAAGCUUCGAGUUGAAGACAGAGUCGGCGACGCUCCGCUGUCCCGUGUUCUCCACAUCAGGAAGCUACCCAAUGAUGUCUCAGAAACUGAGAUCAUUGCUCUGGGGCUACCUUUCGGAAAGGUCACCAAUAUCCUCACGUUGAAAGGCAAAAACCAGGCAUUUCUGGAGUUGAGCACAGAGGAAGCUGCCAUGACGAUGGUCAAUUAUUACUCUGCUGUUACGCCUCAUGUCCGUAAUGUGCCUGUAUACAUCCAGUACUCCAAUCACAAAGAACUCAAGACCGACAAUUCAAACCAGUCAGGUGGGACUACAGCAUCAGGGUCCAACUCCAGCAAUGGUGGAGGUACACCUUCCAGUCCAGUGCUAAGGAUAAUCAUCGAUAACAUGUUUUACCCUGUUACCCUGGAUGUCUUACAGCAGAUCUUUUCAAAGUUUGGCACCGUCAUGAAAAUCAUCACAUUCACCAAGAACAAUCAGUUUCAGGCGUUGUUGCAAUUCAGCGAUUCAGCCAAUGCACUGCAUGCUAAAGUGGCCCUAGAUGGUCAAAACAUAUACAAUGCCUGCUGUACCCUUCGCAUAGACUUCUCAAAACUCAUCAACCUGAAUGUGAAGUACAAUAAUGAUAAGAGCAGAGAUUACACCAGGCCAGAGCUUCCUGUUGGAGAUGGCCAGCCUGCUUUGGAUCCCUCUAUGGCCGCUGCCCUGGGUAAAGACUCCAGUUCCCUGCUUGGUAAGAUCCCAGGUGCUGUGAGCCCGCUGAGUGCGGCUGCUGCUGCUGCGGCCGCUGCUGGGAGAGUCGCUCUGUCGGGUCAGUCGGGGACCAGUGGGGUCCUGCUUGUUAGCAAUCUAAAUGAAGAGAUGGUUACGCCCCACAGUCUGUUUACCCUAUUCGGAGUUUAUGGAGAUGUGCAGCGUGUGAAGAUUCUUUUUAAUAAGAAAGACAGUGCACUGAUACAGAUGGCCGAUAUGAAUCAGGCUCAGCUUGCAAUGAGUCAUUUGAAUGGCCAGAAGAUGUAUUCAAAGAUCAUUCGGGUGACAAUGUCGAAACACCAGACCGUUCAGUUACCGAGGGACGGUUUGGACGACCAGGGUCUCACCAAGGACUUCACAAACUCUCCACUGCAUCGUUUCAAAAAGCCCGGCUCCAAGAACUUCCAGAACAUCUUCCCUCCUUCUGCCACACUACAUCUGUCAAACAUCCCGCAAGACAUAACUGAAGAAGACCUCAGAGUCCUGUUCUCCAACUCUGGUGGCACUGUGAAAGCUUUCAAGUUUUUCCAAGAUCACAAAAUGGCUCUGAUUCAGAUGACAACCAUUGAGGAAGCCAUUCAGUGCCUGGUUGACCUCCACAAUUACAACAUGGGUAAUAACCACCACCUGAAGGUCUCCUUUUCCAAAUCAACCAUCUAAAGGAAUCCAAGAGGUCCUGCUUCCAACACCUGUUGUCUAGCGUUACCUAUAUGACUGUUGAAGUACACUGGGGACCACAAUUUGAGAUUUUCCAAGUUUCAUCUGUCAUUCCUCAAGAAGAUUUUGAAAGAAUGAAAAGCAGAAAUAUGGACUGUUUUUGAGAAUUGUUACCCCUCAUGCGGUUGUCCUUGGUGAGACAUAUACAUAUGCUAUUCUCUUUAGUGGCAGAAAGGUCUUAUGGUGUAAAGUCUGAACCUCUAAUAGUGAGCAGAAAAUUAAUGUGCCUUACAAAACUUGAAAUACUUCAUUUUCUCAAGCCCAGGCAGUCCACCACAGAGUCACAGGCUCUGACGGUAAAAAUAUUACACUGUAAAGUUUUAAUACAAAAAUUCUUAUCUUGUUCCCUCUUGUGUCUGAUGCGUAUAGUAAGUUAACUCUUUUGCUUUGUGUUUUUUUGCAUUUCAUGUUUCUUUAAUUUGAAAUGUCUGCACAAAAGUUGUGAAUUGUAAAUAGGAAACGAAAGAAUUUUCUAAUGAUGUUAGGCCACCAAUUCAGCUAAACGUGGCAUCUUUUGAAGGAAAACAAAAAAGGAUUGAUACAUUUUGUUCACAUUGUAAUUGCUAAUUCUUCUCUCUUCAUUCUCUCUAUAAGAAUUCAUUUUCUUUUGAAUGUUUCUUGGCCCUAAACAAAAGUUUAGGACUGAUAGUUAAUCCAGAGUCUUUUAAAGUGUUGCAUGGAUUGGAGAAGGCCUUCAUUACUUCCUAGUAUGAUUUGGUAAGGACCAAAAUCAAUGUGCCUGUAGUCUUAAUUUACUUCCAAGAUUGCGGAGCAUUUUAGUUUACUUCCUCUUUUGGCAUUUUGGAAGAGAGGAGUCCAUGGACAGGCUUAUGAUUUGAGAAAACUGAUAAUUGGUGGUAUUCAUUGGCAAUGCAAACUUGCCCAUCUCUUCCAUACAUCCUCCACCAAGGUGGUUGAACAUCACAGGAGAACAGCUUGUAUGACUGUUUUAGAGGUAUAAACAUUUCUGUACAUUUUCUGAUUUUGUUUACUUUUUUACAUCUCUAGGAAUGUAUAAUUUGCAAUAGUUUGGAUAAGUGGCACAAUUAAAAGAUAAUUUUUUCUAACAAAACUCAAAAGGUUUGACUUGGUUGUGUGUUUUGAUCUUUUUCUUUUUUCCUGUUUUCUGCUUUUUUCCUGUAGCAUGCUCAAUAAACACUUCUGCAUUCACUUUC